AAGUAUAUAUUUUUACAAAAUGGUGGCUUCUUCGCGGAGAAAUUCGUAGUGGCGAUUUUUAACAAAAAGCACGCAUCUUGGCCAGCCAAUUAUUGUAAUUUGCUGGCGAAAACAUUCGCAACCACGCUGGCUGCGCCGUGUGGCUGAAAAUUCCGCGAAAAAGCAACCGAAAAUCGCACAAGAACCCAGUGAAAAUAACUGAAAGCGAAGGCAGGCAAUAAAAAAAACGCAAGCAAGCAACCAAAGUGCGUGCCUGUGUGUGUGUGUGUUCGAGUGUACGUCUGUGUGCGCUGCUCUCUGUCUGUGCCUGUGUGUGCGAGUGUGCCUCUCUGUCAGUGUGUGUGUGCGCAAAGUGUAUGCAAAAAAAGAAGAAGAGAAACGAAGAAGAGCAUUAAAAAAAAGCGUACGACGAGUUUCACGCGCGCCCAACAACAAAAACACCAGAAAGCAGCAACAGCAACAACAACAAAAUCCAACAACACUUGGCAGCAGCGGCAGCAAUAAAAAAAAAAGCAACAACAAGCAAGCAGCGAAACCUGUGUUUGUGCAAAUUAACCGAAAUAUACAUUUCCGGCUACUCGCUGCCUCCUCGCUGAGCAACAACUACAAAAACAACAACACCAAUAACAACAGCAGGAACAACAAUAUCAAGAACAACAGGAGCAAAGCAACAAGAACCACCACGACCGCCGCCCACCCCCUUUGAAAAUCCAUCGACACAGCACCACAUCACCAUCGUCGUCAUCAUCAUCAUCAUCCUCAGCAACUUGGAGUCUGGAAUCUGGAGACGGAGACCGUAGACCGGAGUUACUUUGCCGCCUGCUGCUGGAGAGAGGAGCAUCUUCGUGCGGGACGCCUCGACGAUACACAACCCCGACUACGGAUUCAUGUUGAAUUUUCAUAUCGUAGAGGGCAUAAAAAGGCUUAACACUGGACCGGAAGCGUGUUUUUAAAGGGUGAUGGCGGCCUCCACUCAAGGAGAAAUUCGAGUGGGUCCCGGCCACCAGGUAAACGAUGUCUAUGCAAAACUGCCCGAUUAUAAUCCAAUCUCAAGCUUCCCCAUCGACAAGGAAACCGAUGAACGUGAACUAGAGGAAUCAAGAUGGAGUCCAGGCGUUGUGGCCGAUGGCGACUUGUUAAUGUUCUUGCGUGCGGCUCGAUCCAUGGCUGCAUUUCAAGGAAUGUGUGAUGGUGGUUUAGAAGACGGUUGUUUGGCUGCUAGUCGCGACGACACUACAAUAAACGCACUCGACGUGCUCCACGAUUCUGGCUACGAUCCAGGCAAAGCUCUACAAGCGCUCGUAAAGUGCCCCGUUUCGAAGGGCAUCGACAAGAAGUGGACCGAGGACGAAACAAAGAAAUUCAUCAAGGGUCUGCGUCAGUUUGGGAAGAACUUCUUCCGCAUCCAUAAGGACUUGCUGCCGCACAAGGACACGCCGGAGCUGGUCGAGUUCUACUAUCUGUGGAAGAAGACGCCCGGCGCGAACAAUAAUCGGCCACACAGGCGACGCCGCCAAAGCGCCCUGCGACGCAACCGUGUCACGCGGGCCAACAACAGCAACAGCAACACUCCUCCGAAGAAGGAGGACACUCCAGAACCACAAACUGCGACGACGGCGACGGCGGCGGCAACCGCGGCGUCCGAGACGGCGAGUCGCUCCUCGCCCGCUGUCUCCAAGGAGGAGAACAGCUCGCUCACCGAGGACGACGCCAGCGAGUGCGACAGUGAUUCGAGUCUGACCCACAAAAGGGAUGAAUCACCCUCAAGGAUGAGGACGCGUAACAAGCAACAGAACAACAACAGCAGCACCAGCAGCGGUAACAACACGGCCGGCAACGGUGGCGGUAACGCCACAUCCAUAAGCAGCGGAUCAACCGGCGGCGGUGCCGCUGGCGGCAAUAGUUCGUCUAAGGAUCAAUCAGCCAACGCCGUGGCUAAUGGCAAGCGACCCAAGAGGGGCUCCGAAACACCGGACGUUUCCGGCGGAGCCUCGGUCGAUAGUCCCAAGACACCGACGAAGGCUGUGGCCGAGAGUUCAGCCAAUAAGCGCAAGGGUGGCAAGCAGGAUACGCCCAACAAGAAGAAGCGAACGGAGCAGGAGUCCAACGAGCCAAGCGCCCAUGAGGAGAAUGCCAUCAAGGAGAAGCGCAAGCGACCGGACAGCCCGGUUGAGAGUAUGAACUCGGAUAGCAGACCGGAUUCAGUGCUCGACGAUGGGGAAUCGAAUACCACGGACACCACCACCGCCGAGCAGCAGUCCACAAAGGACAGCAAGGAGACGGUCAGCUGCAAGGAGGAGCGCGAAAUGGUCACCAACGAUCUGGAGGCCAAGGCCGAGGAAAAGGCCAUCAAGGCAGAGGCUUUGGCCGAAGACAGCAAGGAUAGCGCCAUCAAGAACAUGGACGAGGAGACAAACAUCCAGGCGCCUAGCAGUGCAGACACUAGUUUGGUGGAUGGUCCUAAUCCCAAUGCCCUGCCCAGUCCGGUAGCCGCACCAAUCACAAUGAAGGUACCAACAAUUGCCACCGUUGAGGCGCUGAACGCGUCCGUCGACCGCAAGGAGGCCAUCGAGAAGAUGGAGUCGUGCGACAGCGAUCCGGAGAUGCUUAAAAAACUGGCAACCAUUAAGCAGGAAGUAUCUCCGCAGCAGCAACAGCACAUGCAACAGCAAUCACAGCAGCAGAUGCAGCAGCAACUCGCUCCAGUUGGCAUACCGCAACCUCCGUCUUGCCCGCCAUCGGAAUCAGUCUAUAUCAAAAAAGAGCCCAUGGAGGACUCGAUGGACGCCACCUGCAAUCAGAACAGCAACGAACCGCAGGACCUGAAGGUGAAGAUCGAGAUUAAAAACGAGGAUGCAUUGAAGCAUAGUGCUGGAGGUCUGCCGCCUUCAGGUCCGUGUGCACCGCCUUCAGCUCUACAUCCGCUUUCCGGAGCUCCGGUAGAGAGCGGCCAGGAGCCACUGCACCUGCAACACAUGCCUCAUGGGCAAGUAACGACGCAACCGCCCCCUGGCUACCUAAUUGAUGGCCAGCUAAAGUAUGGACCAUCGGGACAAGGCGUGCCUCCACAGCCACCACAACUGCACAGCGAUGCGGCUGGAGGAGUCAGCGGAGCACCACCUGGAGCGCCAACCACGCCCCAGAAGUAUCCGCCCGAGAUGGAGAUGAAGUUCGCUCCUCAGGAUCUCAAGUAUCCCCCACCGCCGCCUCUAGAUGCACUCAAGUACAGCCAGGAGAUGCAAGCUGCGGCGGCGGCAGCGGCUGCUGCUGGCAAAUACGAUAUGAAGUAUAUGAUGGAACAGCAGGGCAAGUACAAUGUGGAGUUGUCAGCUGCCCAUCAGCCGCCAAGCAAGCCAGGCUACCAGGACUCGCUUAAGAUACCCGAUAUUAAGCCCGGUUUCGGCCACCUGCCGCACAACGUGGGCUCUCCGCUGGACGCCGCCCAUAAAUACGGACCGCCUCCGACGUCGCAAGAGUCCCAGCAACAGCAACCCCAGCCGCCGGCACAUCAGGUACCGCCGGGAGCAACUCCACCACCUGGUAUCGCCAUGCCCAAGCCGCACUAUCAACACGAUGUGCAAACACCACCGUUGGGACGGCCCUUCGAGCCGACCGGACUUAUGCUCAAGUAUGGCGAUCCAUUGGCAGCCAAAUACGGCCCGCCCCAGGAUCUCAAGUACCCGAUGCCUCCGGUCUCUCAGGCGGGACCAGCGGACGUAAAGCCCUAUGGCGGCGAGAAUCUGAUCAAGUCCUCACCGUACGGACCGCCGCCGGAGAGUCCUAUCGAUGCCUCUGCGCGCUCUACACCUGGUCAGGACAGCCAGGGCAGCAAUAGCAAUUCACAGCCGCCCUCAAUGCCCCCGCAACCGCAGCAGUUCCAGUCGCCGCAUCCCUCGCCGCAUAUGCCUUCGCCAGCAGGAGGUGGUCUACCACCGGGAAUGCAUCCGCAAAAUCUCAUCCACGGCCCGCCACCAGGUGCAGCGGGUGGCAGUGGUCCCCAGCCACCUCCACCGCCCACAUCGCUACACCAGCCAACGCCCACGUCUGCAGGUCCACCCAGUCUGCAACAUGGACUACAUCCUGGCCAUCAACACUCACAGCUGUCUGUGGCAUCAUCGAUACCGCCGAGCUCGAUUGGAAUUCCUCCCACGCUCUCGACUAUGGCGCCCUCGCACAUGCACCCGCACCUUCAUCCACAUGCGCAUCUGCAGGGUCUCCAUCGGCCGCACGAUCUGCCGCCCAGUAUGCAUCCACAUGCACCCAUGCCGCUGUCGUUGCAGGGACAUCCGCAGCACGGACAUGGAUUGCCGCCCUCGCACACUUCUCAGCAACAGCAGCAGCAGCAACAACAACAACAGCCCGGCGGACCAGCUGGUACGGUGCGAACUCCGUCACCAGCCCAGCAGCCGCCGAGAUCCAUGCACGAUCCGCAAUCGUCUCGAGAGCCGCCCACAUCGCAGCCUUCGACCACUAUGGCAGGAUCGAGUGGUCCGGGUGGACCACCGCCGCAACAGUCGCCGCAUGCGCAUCGCACAUCACCGUUGCCAGGGCUCGCGGGUAGUGGUCCUCCACCCCCGGGACUCAUCGGUCAUCCGAUGGCCAUACACCCGCACCUAGCCCACUUGCCGCCCGGACAUCCCGCUCACGCAGCGCUGGCCCAUCCUGGACACCAUCUGCUGUCGCACUCGAUAGCGGGCUUGGGUCCUGGUGGUGGACCCAUCGCGUUGCUGGCCGGUCCCGGCGGUCUUGGUGGUAUUCCAGAGUCCGCUCUAAGUCGCCGCACCCCGCCCUCACAUCUGCCACACUCGCAUGCCUCUUCGGCCCCACUGACGGCUCACUCGGUGGCCAGUAUGACGUCUACCAGUAUGUCGCUGACCACCAGCACGGUGCCAUCGUCCGCCUUUAGCCGCGCCAGUCCCAGCGUACAGAUCUCGAGCAGUGGAGGAGGACCUUCAGGGCCCGGAAGCGUUGGACCUGGAGGAAUGCCAAACUCGUCGGCAGCAGCGGCUGCUGCGGCAGCUGCUCAUCGGGCAGCCUCACCGGCAUCCAGCGUAAGCAGCCUAAGUCGGCAGAGUCCGCUGCAUCCGGUGCCGCAGUCGCCGCUCAGCCAUCAUCCCUCGUCCUCUGCGUUAUCCGCCGCAGCAGCUGCUGUGGCGGAGCGGGAUCGACAUGCGCUGAUGCGUCAGCAAUCGCCACACAUGACUCCACCCCCGGUGUCCAACGCCUCUUUAAUGGCGAGUCCUCUGAGCAAGAUGUACGCUCCUCAACCGGGUCAGAGAGGCUUGGGAACAUCACCGCCACCGCAUUUGCGGCCAGGAGCAUCGCCGCCGGUCAUUCGUCACCCGCAGAUGCCUCUACCGUUGCCACUGAUUGCGCCUGGCGGAGGAAUCCCGCAGAUUGGAGUGCAUCCGGGUCAGUCACCGUAUCCGCACCCGCUUCUGCAUCCCUCGGUAUUCUACUCGCCGCAUCACCAUCCAUUUAAUUCGCCAUAUGGCUAUGCGCCCUAUGGUCCUGGAUUCCCGGCAUACAUGAAGCCGCCACCACAGCCGGGACAGCUCGAUCCGGCAGCCGUGAUGGCGGCCCACCAUGCCGGAUUGCAAGGACCGCCGCCCCAGCAGAUGCGCCAGGACGAGCAGAAUGCAGCGGCCGCCGCUGCACAAGCAGCUGCUGAGAAACAACACCAAGCGGCUGCAGCAGCGGCAGCCCAGCAGCACAAGGCGCCGCAACAACAACAGCCUGGCGGAAUGCCACCCAACAAACCGCCGACGCCAAAGACGCCACAGGGUCCGGGCGGUGGGAUGCCCCCAGGAAUGGGUGGACCGGGAACACCGACGGGACUGCCGCCAGGUGCCUAUCCUGGCAGCCAUAUGCCGGGAUAUCCACAAGGGCCGCCUCAUGGGUCACCCUUUGCGCCACAAGAUGGUCAGCCUCACGGCUUGAAGCCCACAUCGCACAUGGACGCCCUGCGAGCGCAUGCACACUCAGCCAACUCGGCGGGUAUGGGCGGUGGACACCAUCCGACGGAGCCAUUGCCCAUUGAUAUUGAACCGGAUCCAGAGCCAGAGAUUCCCAGUCCAACGCACAAUAUACCACGUGGUCCCAGUCCCGAAGCAAAACCGGACGACACCGAAUGCCAUCGCUCUCAGUCUGCCAUAUUUGUGCGCCACAUCGAUCGUGGGGAUUACAAUUCGUGCACGAGAACAGAUUUGAUCUUCAAGCCGGUGGCCGACUCAAAGUUGGCCCGCAAGCGUGAAGAACGCGACCGCAAGCUGGCCGAAAAGGAGCGUGAGCGGCGACAGCAGCAGCAGCAACAACAACAGCAGCAGCAACAACAGCAAGCAGCGGCCGCGCAACAGGCGGCACAGCAAGCCAAGAUGAAGGCUGAGCUGAAGCCACCGUAUGCGGAUACGCCGGCACUGCGUCAACUGUCCGAGUACGCUCGUCCCCACGUCGCCUUCAGGGAACUGGAGGAGAUUAAAAACGCACAAGCUGCUGCGGCGAGUCAAUCCCGACUAGAUCCGCACUGGAUGGAAUACUAUCGACGCGGCAUCCACCCCUCGCAGUUCCCGCUGUAUGCGAAUCCGGCGAUAUCGCAGAUGGAGAGGGAGCGUCUGGGAAUUCCACCUCCGCACCAUGUGGGGUUGGACCCGGGCGAGCACAUGAUACGAUUGACGAGAGAAUAUCAUGCACACUCUCAUACUCAUUUACAUUUGCCUUUGCAUCCACAGCCGCAACCACCGGAGGCCGGUUUCCAACUGCCACCGAAUGUUGGCCAGUAUCCGCGGCCAAAUAUGCUUAUACCUAGGGAGCCGCACUCGGAUGUCCUGCUGCGCAUGUCCUAUGCCGACCAACUACAGUAUUUACAGGCCGCCGAGUUUCAGCGACAGUCCCUGCAUGAUCAGUACUUUAGACAACGGCCCAGAUAAGUGGACAGACAGCAAUUGUAGAGAGCAAGCAACUGAACAAAGACAAUACUCGGGCCGCGGCCGUGAGGAACUGCUUUGUGUGAUUUUUGUGUUCAAGCGUUUACAUUUUGUUUUCCACACGCACAACCACCCAACAUACUCACAAAACAAACAUCAAAACAUCAACAUCAUCUGCAGAGACGACGUCAGCGUAUGGCUCAAGAAUCCAGAAACCAGAAAACCAAGCGACUUUAAGUUGCGCAACGCCUUGUCACGUUUUUAUGUAAAAAGAAUCAGCUGCGUUAAUCGGGAGUGGUUCGUCGAUUGUUCCGGCUGCAUACAGCACACUUCACACCAGACACUCACUGACCAAGGCAUCCAGAAUCAAAAAGCAGAAACCAACUACAAAACUAAACUAAACAAAACAGGACACGAUGGUCGCAAUAUCUUAAGUAUCCUCUUCAUAGUGUAUAGUGUUAAAUUCUUAAACGUAAGCGAGAUAUGGAGCAUGUUAAAUACGGUUUAGACUUAUUAAGGCAAUGGAACAAAAUCGAACUUGGCACACAAAUUUUUAUGGAGGUUUUCAAACAGCUUAUAUAUUAUAUGUAUAUGAAUGUGCUACACUUCGACAAAAACUAUCUAGUAAGCUUCACAAAUCAAUUGAUUUAGACACGAUGAUAACUAAGCAAAACCAAAACACAAACUCACCAGCACUUGCUGCAGGAGGCAAGGUACAUAAAUUAGUAUAGACAAACGAUUAAGGAUAGACGAAUCGAGCGCUCAUAUAUAUAUUCGAGAGUAUUGUACAAAUGGAUUCGGAGAUAGUUUUCUUUUUACAACACAGUUUGGCACUCUGCGCAUUAGAGAUACGCCUAAUAUUAUUUAAAUGUAUUUACUUCCAGCCACAAUUGAACUAUAUAAGGUUUAUAUAUGCUUGCUGCUUUCGACUUUUUAGCUAAAAUAAAAUGGUAAACGAAUCACGCCAAUGCCUAGAUUUCGCUUUUUGUAUGUAGUCCUUGUUUGUGUUAGCCUAGCCAGCAGCUUUGCCUACCAACUAACUGCUACUCAUUAUUUAUUAUUUUGCUAUGACUAGAGUAUUAUAGGGGUUGGGAUAUGAAAGUUUUGUAAAAAGUGCAUAAAAAAUAACGAAAUAAUUAUAUGGGUAUUAUGUGAAUGAUUUGAUGCUGCUCUCAAACCCAAAAGCACAGCACGGCUUUCGAUGCUUGUGACGUGCCAGCAUUUGAAGCAGCUGCAAUUUUGAGUGCUUAAUUUAUAUUAGUAAUUUAUACAAUUAUUAUACGCUAAAAAAUGCAUUGAAUUCACACAAUAUUUCAAAAGAUUUAGUAUGUAAGGCCAACAAACCGCUAAGGUGGAUGGAUUCAAUGGUAAACAAAAGUGUGAAUUAUACUAAACAAAAUGAGAAUCCACAAAGUAAAAAUAUUUUUAAAUACGGUUUUUUAUUUCACAUUUUGAAUAUACACAUUGAUAUAAAUAUAUUGUAGCUAUAUACUAAUUAUGAAAGUUUAUCGUAGGAGUCUCGCAAGCAUAUUCAAUGGCACACAAACGACAAAAAACAAAAAAAAUAAUACAAGAUUUGGCGUAGUUAACAUUUAAGAAGUGUAAAGUAAAGAUCCAUACAUAUUUAUAUAUAUAUACAAAAAAAAACAAAACAAAUGCAGCUAUAUUAUUGCAGCUAUAUUACUAAAUAAAUUAUAAAACAAAAAGAUCAUACUGAAAAGAUAAAUUAUUAAAACCUGUAAAAACUAAGUAAAACAAAAUAAAAUUAGUUACAUUAGUUACCAAAUCCC